ACCCUCCACCAUCAUUGCCAUUUGAAAUAAAAAGAUCAAGAACAAACAAUCUGCCAGUUUAUGUUGAUAAGAAGCGUGGAGGAAGUUUAGUUCUUACAGUGAUCAGAAAUAUCAAGGGAGAUUUGAAUGUAAGUGUGAUUAUUAAAAGGGCUGUCAGUGAAUAAAUUUCAUCCCCUCUUACACCAUCUCAGAACAGACAAUUUGAAGAGAAAAGACAGUUUUCAUCCUAGUUAUUUUGUAAUCUCAGAUUUUUUGCUAUCCACCCUCUCACACUGCAGAACAAGUCUGCUACUGUGGGUUAAAAUCUAGUGUUGUCUACUGCUAUCAUAUCUUUGUCUAUCUGGUGUAACACAAGAGCAAUAUCUGCACCACACUACAUUCAUCAAGCCUUCUGAUUACAAUCUAACUCACCUGUCAACAACACCUUUUUGAUGAAUAACAUUGUAAAGUAAGACACACUCGAGUGCAUUUCAGUUUAACUUUUGGACGAUAACCAAGCUCCACACCAUGCAUUCUAUGAAAUAAACUUUAUUUGCUUUCUAGGAACUUGUGAGAUUUUUAAAAGAAAAUUUAGGAGAGGACGUUCAUUUUCAAACAAAUGAAGUAACAAGUCAAGUAAAGAUAAAAGGUUAUCAUAAAGAAGCUGUUGUAAGAUUGUUGAAAGAACAUGGAUUUUAG